AUGUCUACUGUCAAUAUUAUACCAAUGAAUGAAAACAUUUACACUCGUGCAACAAUUUCAGAAGUAUUGGAGUGCUCAUCUAUUCCCAGAGUAAUGACACUUAGACUCAACAGUACUAUUAGAACUAUUCGUAACUCCAACAAACGACAUACUGAUAUCACUGCUGAAGAAGCCAAAAACAGUGGCAUUAAGAUGUGUUUCUCACAGGAGUACUCGUGUCAUCAUUCAAGAACUUAUGAAUCUAAGGCAGAGAUAGGAUUCUUUAAGACACCUGAGUGGUAUGAGAUAAUCUUGACCAAAGAUCAUGCUGAUCAUACUCCUGGUAAUAUCUGUGAGGAUAAUUGUACUCUUCCUCUUGCCAAAAAGUAUCUGCAUGAACCGUCCCAGCAAUUAGAGCAAUCAUCUAAAUCUGCCAGCCAGAUACGUAUUGACAUGUUGAGAGCUAUUGAUACAUAUUAA